GUCGUUGGCACACGGGAUCUUCCUUCCGCUCGUUCAUUUUUCCAUUGCUUUGUGUUUGUGCUGCGUUUCUCUCUGUCUCUCUGUCUAGGGCAUUGGAGUGUUGAGAGCGCGUCAAGAUGAAUAUCUUCAGGCUCGCCGGUGAUAUGACCCAUCUUCUCAGCAUUCUGGUACUCCUCCUCAAGAUCUACGCCACCAAAUCAUGCUCAGGAAUUUCUCGGAAGACGCAGGAGUUAUAUGCGAUAGUGUUCCUGGCGAGGUAUCUAGAUCUGUUCACGGAGUUCAUAUCGUUGUACAACACGGUGAUGAAGAUAGUGUUCAUUGUGAGCUCCUUGGCGAUCGUCUAUUGCAUGCGCCUUCACCCACUCGUCAGGAGAACCUACGACAGGGAGCUCGACACUUUCCGCCACUAUUUCCUCGUCGGUGCCAGCUUCUUCCUUGCCCUCAUCUUGCACGAGAAGUUCACCUUGCAAGAGAUCUUCUGGGCAUUUUCAAUAUACUUGGAGGCAGUUGCAAUCCUACCCCAGUUGGUUUUGUUGCAACGAAGUGGAAAUGUGGACAAUUUGACAGGACAAUAUGUAUUCUUUCUUGGUGCAUAUCGUGCGUUUUACAUUCUCAACUGGAUAUACCGCUAUUUGACUGAGCCACGUUUCACCCGAUGGAUAGCUUGUGUCUCAGGUGUGGUUCAGACAGCUCUCUAUGCUGAUUUCUUUUACUAUUACUUCAUCAGCUGGAAGAACAAUUCAAAACUAAAGUUGCCUGCUUGAAUUAACACUAGCUUGUUUUGGAUUUUGGACCAUUGUGAGAUGAGUAACUGCUGGAUUUUUACAGAGCCUGGUAUGGAUAAUGUAUGUUUAGAGAAAGACAAGAUAUAAGCAACUCCACCCCCCUAUUCAUGAGUGGGGUAAAUGUAUUUUUAUUUCUGGCCAAUGUACCCAUCUCAUAGCAAUUCAAGAUUACAUGUUUUUGUUGAUUUCACA